UGGGCGCACAUCCCUCGCGUCAUAGCCGAUCAGCUGGACUGCACACGAAUGACUUACCGAAUUAUUAAAAGAGUAUGAAAGGCGUAUCGUUGUUUGAUAUGUAAUGUUUCAUCAGUAUCGUCAGUGAAUGAUUGUUUACCAUUUGUCGAAAUAUAUGACUUGUGGGCGUCUUCGAACGAUGGUUUAAGAGGCUAUCAGCGGAAAAUACGCUGCUAUCAAUUUAUUCAUUAGAUAGCAUACGACGUUUUUUGUUGCCUUAUUGUUCCAAUUGGAAAACAAUUACGUUAAAUGGAGUUUGUUUAUUUUUUCUUCAGAACACAUACGUGCUUAAUAGGCGAUAGGUACAGUUUAAGUAUUGAAUGAUCUUAAGUGUGUGUGCAUUCUGCAAAAUCGAACCGGAUUUCAUAUUGUGUAAUGUUAUCAUAGUUAGACCUGUGCAGAAUAUCUGACCAGAUUAAAUUCAAAACCAACUUAUUAAACGGAUAUCCGUUUUUGGUCGUGGAAUCAAGUGCAGUGAUUGGACGUUGAAGCACUGAUCAACUGUUUGAGCGGACCCCAAGCUACACAAGAUGUGACGCCAUUGGAAUGAAUCCUUCAAGCGACUUCAUGAAAAAUAAACCUGGUCAGGUCGGCAAUUAUUAAACCAUGUUGCGGUCAUGUCACAUCAUCCGCCAUGUCACCUCCGACAGAUGAAUGUUCGAAGUCCUUUGAAACUAUUCUCUAUCACAGUGGUAAAUUUGGCAGCUACCAGCGCCGCGUGUUCGCUGCCGUCAGCUCCAUGCACGUCGUCUGCUCAGCUAUACUCGUGUACACGACGCUAUUUCCGGUGCUGGAGGUGCGCGAAGAGUGUAUUGAGCAGAUCAGCGCGCCCGGAAAUGCCAGUCUAUACAUGAUGCUGGAGAACGGGUCGUUUAUCAACCCGCUAACCUGCCGGAAAUACGUUGCCAAUGAUCUAGGUCUUGAAAACGACUGGGUUUUCCCGCCGUGGAUCUACCCUAAUAACAUGACCUAUUCGAGGGCGUGGAUCUAUUACUGUAAAGCCGGUGGGUUAGCUUUCGGCUUCAUAUCCGGCGGUGUAAUGUCGGACAACUUCGGUCGGCGCCGGACUACCUAUGCCUCAUUUAUACUGCUGUGCGCUGCACAGUGCAUGACGGGUCUGUUCCAGAGUCUCGUUGCGUUCAUAGUCUGCCAAUUCUGUGUCGGCACAGGGGCCGGAUGCUUCAUACUGUCCAGCCUCGUUCUGGUGAUAGAGUGUCUAGGGCACGACUGGCGGGACAUUUGCCUGUGUCUGCUGCCCUGGUGGACGGGGCCGAGCCUCCUCUCCCUGGGGGCGUGGUUUCUCCGGCACUGGCGCCACCUGGCGGUCAUUUCCGGUCUGGCGGGAGCUCCAUUGAUAGGAACCUACUUUCUUGUGCUAGAGAGCUCCAGAUGGUUGAUCUGCAAGAACCGGUUUGCGGAAGCGGAAAGCGUCACCAAGGAAAUGAUCGCCUGCAACUGUAAACCUGUACCGGAUAUGACGUCACUGUUUGAUAUAUCACGCGCAUGCGUGCUGACAACAAUGCACACAAAGAAAUACUGCUAUUCAGACUUCAUGUCGACUCGGCGUCUUAGAAAGGCAACGGUAGCCCUUGUAUUUACUUGGUUACCAGGCUGUAUGGUGUACUGUAGCCUUCUGCGACGCCUAGCCCGCCUCACAUCUAGCGUUUACCUCGGUCACGUGCUCGUGUUCAACUCCGCCAGCGUGGUAAUUGGCAGCGCCGUACUCAUCAACAAAUGCAUAGGUCGGCGGUGGUGUAUGUUCCUAUACGCGAUGUCGACCGGUCUCGUUUCCGCCUGCGUGCUAGUGUUGCACGUGACCAAUGACGUCAUCGAUCAACAGAUGGUGACGUGGCUGGCGUUCUUCGCGAACCUGGGAGUUACUGCAACAAUGACACUGUUAGCUGUCGUCACUCUCGAAACAUUCCCGACCGUGAUACGGUCCAUGGCGUGCUCAGUGGGUCUUCUGCUAGGCUUGGUAGGGUAUAUUAUAACGGACCUACUGCACGUGUACUUAGAUCCAUUUCACUAUACAGUGCCCUUUCUGGUGUAUGGGGCGCUGAUGACUCUGGUAGCGCUGGGGAUGCUAGGCUUCCCGGAGACCGGCCGCACACCCCUACCGGAUAUACUGCGCUGUAGACACCGCAAGUUGUGCGCGCACGAGUCUCUUAACCUAAGAGACGCAUGGACCACAUGACACGGGCGCUGAGAUUAAAGUGUUAGGAAGAUGAAGAUGCCCGAACGCGACCAGCUGAUUCGCAUGACUUGGAACCCACUGUGCCUUUCUGCUUGACCAAGGAUUUGCAGGACUUAUUUGGUUUGGAAUUUUAGCAUACAGCGGUUCUGAAUAUAAAUAUGUAUAUAUGAUGUACAAGUAUGUAACACUAUGUUGUAUUACUAGUAAUCGGAAUAAAAUAAAUUGUAAAAAGCAG